AUGCCCCAAUGCGCUCGGUGUAAGAGCCAGGACCUGGAAUGUGUGUAUCCUGUACGGGCAAAGAGGAGGUCUGCACGGCCAUUGAUCGACCCAGCCCUGUCAUCAGACAGCCCAAAUGCUGCUCUGACUACCAUUCUUGAUCGCUUGCAACGACUUGAGGCGCAAACCGUUGCUAGUGCCUCGCGAGUCAAUGGCAAUAUACCAACACCCUCUGUUGGUGGCUCUGAAGCCUCUUCAUCGCCAGUUGCUUUCAGCACCACCAACGGCCAUGCGUCCAGUAUAUUGACAAUUCACAAUGCCGGCCGUGAGAUGGACGCCAUGACUGUCUUGAAGGAUGCCGUCGAUCAUGUCCAGGAGUUAAGAAAACGUUCUUUUGGUUCCAGUGUCAUAACAAGUUCAAUAAACAUCCCAACAGACCUGGCCAAGACCUGGGUCGCAAACUUCUUCAAGUAUAUGCCUGCUUGCAUGUUUGUUAGCUUUGUCGACAGACGUGUUCUCGAACUGCUGCCCGACAUCAUCAAACUACCGCACAUACAUGUCGACCCAGUUAUGCUCGUGAUAUACUACAGCAUAAUGUAUCAUGGAUGCAGUCUGAAAGCAAGCAACACAACUUCGCACGAAAGCCUUACUUAUAUGAACGCGAGCUACCUCGGAUGUCUCCGCGCAGUACCGAGCUGGGAACUAGAGGCAUCAGGUACUAUGACAGAUCUAAUAGCCGCGCUUUACGUAAGUCGUGUAGCUGCUGAAUUCUUCGACUACGAUCUUGCAUGGAGGUCGUUCAAGUAUGCAUGCGAAUACUGUCAGGUUCUCAAUCUCCACAAGCUAGACUCGGACGAGUCAAAUUCUUUCCUCAGCGAAGCCACAUGCGACAACGAGCGGAGAGGAUUCUGGGAGGUUAUUCAGAUUGACCUCUUUUACCGACUCAUUCUCAACACGCCUCCGGCCAUUACGAACAACCCAUGGAAGGUCAAUCUACCAUGGCUGGAUCUCGAUUCGGGUGCUGUUCCGCAAGGCAUGCAGACGAUUGCAUUUCUUGCAAGCUCGCGGGUCAGUCUCAUCGUCGCUCGCUUUUUCGCCAUGCUGGAUGACCCAACCAAUGCUACAAAGACUGAAAUAAUUGCGAAAACUGAGGAGCUUUGUCGUGAGAUGCAAGAGAUUUUUGCUGAGUGGCAACUGACUGAAUGGUUAGAAGCUGCUCAAGAUAACGAACAGGACAUUUGGGUAGUAGCCGAUGUCAUAUUGACAGGCUACACCUCCAUAAUCUACAUGUUUCGCAAGAUGGCUCUUCUCAACUCCAACUCUCCCAGGCCACCGACAACCGACUUGGACAUCCCCGACUCUCCCAUUGUUGAUGACGCUGCUCGACGUCUCAUCGCCGCUCUCAACCGGUUGCUAGUCAUCUACCCCUAUGGAGUGACAAUGACAGCGUUGUUUGGCGCAUACCGAUGCUUCGUCGCUUUCGCUUAUCUGGCUAAUACUAUACUGCGGGCAGAAGAUCCUCGAAUGUACAUGGCAGAUAUUAAAGCACUUGAGCAAUUGAGCGAUACAUCGACUGAGCUUUGUAGAGGUAACAGGGAUGUCGUGCCGUUGGUCAAGGCAAUGCAGAAUAUUACCGAGGAGAUACGCAAGAAGUUGUAG